GCUUUUAACUGCAUAGGCUCUACUAAGGGUGGUCAAGUAUUCCUCCGCAGCUGGGAAUGCACUGUAUCAGUGAACAUAGGAGGGGCAGAAUUGUCUGGGUAGAUGCAGGUUUCAGAAUGGGGCUGGCUUAGGGCAGCUUGAUUUUCAGCAUCCUGUGCCCAGCGUGACCUCUCAGAGACCUUGGCUUGAUACUGCUUGAUUCCCGACCUCAACACUGAGCUCCUUUUGCAGGCCUCACUCUGCUCAUCUCCUGCUCUACCCAGGAUGCCUCCCGCCUCCAGCCACCUCUGGGAGCCCUGCAGAGAAGCAGGUGGCAGCUCCCUGUGCACACCCCAGGCCCAAUGCUUGCCUUGGCCAUGGUGCCCUCACAGUGGUCGUGACUGCUGAUCUCACUUGGUACCCUUCAGGCUGUUGUUCUCUAUGCGUUGCCCCUGUGCUCCUGCACCCCCAGCUCUCACCCGAGGCUCAAGAGCUGGUUCCAGUGAGAUAGGGAGCUCAGGCACCUGUUGUUACAGUACAGCACCCUCAGCAAAUGCAAUCACACUCUGUCCCUUUUCAGAUACCCUCUCCUCCCCUGCAGGGUGGCUUCUCCCUGGGGGCCUUUGCAUCUAGGAGUGGAGAAUGGGGGCAGCUCACAGGGCUUUCUCCCUUCAGAAAUGAAGCCACUUAUUCCCCGUAAGGAAGCUGCAUGGCCAGGCUCCGGCGGCGACCCUAGUCCCACUGCAUGGCCUUCCUAGUUCUUGAUGCUGUUCUGCCCGUCAUGAACAAGGCUCAUGGCGGCGAGAAGACCGUGUUCCGGGCCAGGUUUAGCUCCAUCACGGACACAGACAUCUGUAAUGCCAUGGCCUGCCUGGGCGAGCCUGACCACAACGAGGCACUCUCAGUGGAUGCUCGCCAGGAGCUGGACCUGCGCAUCGGCUGUGCAUUCACCAGGUUUCAAACUAAAUAUUUCCAGGGGAAAUACGGUGAUUUAGACAGCUCUCUCAUCUCCUUUGGGCCAUGUCAGACUCCAACCCUGGGAUUCUGCGUGGAGAGACAUGAUAAAAUCCAGUCCUUCAAACCAGAGACCUACUGGGUGCUGCAGGCCAAGGUUAACACUGACAAAGACAGAUCUCUCCUUUUGGACUGGGACCGAGUAAGAGUGUUCGACCGGGAGAUCGCACAGAUGUUUUUAAACAUGACAAAGCUGGAGAAGGAAGCCCAGGUGGAGGCCACAAGCAGGAAAGAAAAGGCCAAGCAGAGGCCUCUGGCCCUGAACACUGUGGAGAUGUUGCGUGUAGCCAGCUCUUCUCUGGGCAUGGGACCACAGCACGCCAUGCAGACAGCCGAGCGGCUCUACACACAAGGCUACAUCAGCUACCCACGUACAGAGACCACCCACUACCCUGAGAACUUUGACCUGAAGGGUGCUCUGCGGCAGCAGGCCAACCACCCCUACUGGGCUGACAUGGUAAAGCGGUUGUUAGCAGAAGGUAUCAACCGCCCACGGAAAGGCCACGAUGCCGGCGACCAUCCCCCCAUCACCCCCAUGAGGUCUGCCACAGAAGCUGAAUUAGGGGGUGACGCAUGGCGGCUCUACGAAUACAUCACCAGACAUUUCAUCGCCACAGUCAGCCAUGACUGCAAGUACCUGCAGAGCACCAUCUCCUUCAGGAUUGGGCCAGAGCUCUUCACCUGCUCCGGGAAGACCGUCCUCUCACCAGGCUUCACGGAGAUUAUGCCCUGGCAGAGCGUGCCCCUGGAGGAGAGCCUGCCCACCUGCCAGCGGGGUGACACCUUCACUGUGAGUGAGGUAAAGAUGCUGGAGAAGCAGACGAGCCCACCCGACUACCUGACGGAGGCUGAGCUCAUCACGCUCAUGGAGAAGCACGGCAUCGGCACAGAUGCCAGCAUCCCUGUGCAUAUCAACAACAUCUGCCAGCGCAACUAUGUCACCGUGGAGAGCGGGCGCCGGCUCAAACCCACCAACCUCGGCAUUGUCCUGGUGCACGGCUACUACAAGAUUGAUGCAGAGCUAGUGCUCCCCACCAUCCGAAGUGCAGUGGAGAAGCAGCUGAACCUGAUCGCCCAGGGCAAGGCCGACUACCGCCAGGUCCUGGGCCACACCCUGGACGUGUUCAAGAGGAAGUUCCACUACUUUGUCGACUCCAUUGCAGGCAUGGAUGAGUUAAUGGAGGUGUCUUUCUCACCCCUGGCGGCCACAGGCAAGCCCCUGUCACGCUGCGGGAAGUGCCACCGCUUCAUGAAGUACAUCCAGGCCAAGCCAAGCCGCCUGCACUGCUCCCACUGUGACGAGACUUACACACUCCCCCAAAAUGGCACCAUCAAGCUCUACAAGGAGCUCCGCUGCCCUCUGGACGACUUUGAGCUGGUCCUGUGGUCAUCAGGCUCUCGGGGCAAGAGCUACCCACUGUGCCCCUACUGCUACAACCACCCACCCUUCCGAGACAUGAAGAAAGGCAUGGGCUGCAAUGAAUGUACACACCCCUCCUGCCAGCACUCGCUGAGCAUGCUGGGCAUCGGCCAGUGCGUGGAAUGCGAGAGUGGGGUACUGGUGCUGGACCCCACCUCGGGCCCCAAGUGGAAGGUAGCCUGCAACAAGUGCAACGUGGUGGCGCACUGCUUUGAGAACGCCCACCGUGUGCGGGUGUCCGCCGACACCUGCAGUGUCUGUGAGGCCGCCUUGCUUGACGUGGACUUCAACAAGGCCAAGUCCCCACUCCCGGGUGAUGAGACACAGCACAUGGGCUGCGUCUUCUGUGACCCCGUCUUCCAGGAGCUGGUGGAGCUGAAGCAUGCAGCCUCCUGCCACCCCAUGCACCGCAGUGGACCAGGGAGGAGACAGGGUCGAGGGCGGGGCCGGGCCAGGAGGCCCCCUGGGAAGCCCAACCCCAGGCGGCCCAAGGACAAGAUGUCAGCCCUGGCCGCCUACUUCGUAUGAUGGCCCUGCCCUCCCUCACUCAGGCUGUGGUGCUGUGCAGACACCUCAUCGCACUUCAAACUAUUAAAAUGCAUUUUUGUCUUCUGA